AUGGACCAUCACAGCGGUGCAAAAUCACUGAGCGACGCCUAUUCGCUCGCCGACCUCUUUGCUGACUGCGUUGAAUCAAUCAAUCUCAUCCAUGGAAACCACGAGGAAUCUCACAGUGAAGAAAUCCUCACAUCACAACUCGGCAUCGAGCAAGCUCGCCUACUGAUCUGGGGUGAUGCCGUUGGUGUUUGUUCACCACCAGCUGUCACGGGAAUCACAUCUGCCAUCCCCAAACAUCCUGGAGCACUAAACCCCGAGCCGGAGAGACCAUUGUACUUUGGAACUCGCGAUGCGCGACUGGAUGAUCCUCGAUUCAGACAGCGUGUUGAAGACUCCCUGCGUGCGAUCGCGAGUCCGAUGACACAUUUGUCGAAAAUCAAGAUCUUGCAGACUUAUGGAUUGGACCAUUUCAAAGGCUCGCCGAAAGUGCGUGAGAAUCACAUGCUAGCUCCCAAUCCUUUCAGACUGCAGGCGUUCCGUGAAAAACUUGAACUGCUGCAAGAAGUUGUUACCGCAUAUCCUCAUGCCAGAACUCACAAACAUCUGGGAGUCAACAAGAAGAUGGCCUGGCAAAUCAUGGAUGUGGCCAAGACGAGCGAACUCUGCACACUGAUCCGCGAGAAGGUGGACUAUCUGGUUCAGCUCAUGGAUGUCCAAGCGAAAGUCGACAAGGCGAUGCGUUACGAUGUCCGUGCCAUGGGAUGGCAUCCCAGCGAAGACAUGAACGCUACCAUUCGCGAUACGCUGAAGCUGUCCCUCCUCGUGGAAGCGUCAGAAACUCUGUAUCCCGAGUACAGCACUGCAGCUCAAGAAGCAAUGGACAACGUCACCGAUCAAUGGAAGGGCAGUCGUGGUUAUGAUACCAUGAUGUCCGAGCAUCACAACCCGACCAUUCACAAGACAGCUUCUCACACCAUGCUCUCUCAGCCAAUCCGCCCUCUUGAAGACACUACCAGAUCGAAUGUCUCACAACCAAAGACGCCCAAGAAGGGCAAGCUGCUCGGCUCUCUACGGCCCAAACUUACAAGAUUGUUCUCUGGCAAGAGUAUGGAAAGGCUUUCUCCAGCUACAGCUGAUCCUUCACGCUCAAGAUCUGAGAGCGGACCCAGUGGUGGUGCAAACGGAGAUGCAUUGGAGCCAUCACGUAGCAAGUCUUUGGCAAACGACGACCUGACGCACGUGCUCACACAUUCCGCUACUCUGGAAAGCAUGAUCAGCCGACAUGACCAAUACCGUCAGUAA